AUGUACGAUCAGGGCCGACCUUCGCCUUUCGGCCAAGCCCAGCGUAAGGAAUAUGAGGAAAAUGGUCGCUUCUAUCAUUCCUGGCGCAAGGGCAAGUAUAUGUUCCCCUGCGACGAAGAGGAGAAGGACAGGUUGGACAUAUUCCACAAGUUCUUCUGUGUAGCCCGACGAGGCGAGCUUCACACCGCGCCCCUCCUCCCAGACCAGGCGCCGCAUCGCAUUCUCGAUCUGGGAUGUGGAACGGGAAUAUGGGCAAUCGAUAUGGCUGAAAAAUAUUAUGAUAAUGCGGCCCACGUCAAAGGACUCGACCUGACACUAAUGCAACCCGCAGAGAUCCCGCGAAACAUCGAGUUCGCGCAGAUGGAUGUGGAAACCCCUUGGCAGGGGAUGGACUUGGACUCGUUGGAUCUGAUCCAUAUGCGCACUUUGAAGGGGAGCAUCCAAUCUUGGCCACAGCUAUACGCACAAAUAUUCAGGCACCUCAAACCGUACUACGGUCAUAUCGAACAGGUGGAGAUCGACUGGACUCCUCGGUGCGAAGACGGGACUCUUCCGGAGCGAUCUAUUACUCGAUUAUGGGUUGACGAGCUUCUCGGCGCCAUGGACGAUCACGGCCGGUCGAUGAGGGUUGACAGCCAGGAGACCAUCAACCAACUUCUGAGCGCAGGGUUCGUCGACGUCAAGGAAGAGGUUAUCAAGGUUCCGUUCAGCGGAUGGCCGACCGAGAAGACUGUACGGGACAUCGGCCGAUGGUUCAACCUGGGAUUCACCAACGGCCUGAUGGGACUGACGCUAGCGCCCCUGACGAGGAUGAAGGACAGGACGAAGGCAGAAGUGGCCGAGCUGGUGAACAAGGUGAAAAUGGAGGCGUGUUCUAGGAACGUUCACGCAUUUUGCUUGCUGUAUGUGUGGACAGCAAGAAGACCCCAGUGA